AUGUUCAGUGCUGCUGUCGGCCUCUACCAGAACCAGCUGGAAAGAAUUCCCAAUAAUAUCAAGCCAGAGCGUAUUAUAUUUGUCUCUAUGCAAUUCCAAUUUUAUGUUCCCAUCGAAAUCGUUGAGGUCAUCAUCGACUAUCUACACAACGAUAAGGAAGCUCUGAAGGCCUGCUCUCUUGUAUCGCGUCGAUGGGUCUUUUCUGCCAGAUACCACCUUGUAUACCCCAUCAAACUGCAUCACAAGAACAUAUCCGACUUUCUUGAUCUGCUGCAAUCCCCAUGUUCAAAGAUAGCGCCAUCUAUCAGAGAUCUCUCUUUCCUAAGUAUCGUUGAAGAACGUGACUGGAUACCAUCUGCUUUAUCUACCAUAGAAAAGCACCUCACUCACGUUACGAGCCUAACGCUGCAUGGAGUGCGAUGGAGCAGACUCGACAGCACCACCACAGCCUCCUUCUUUCGAGGUUUUCAAUCCGUCACGCACUUGACGAUAAAAGCGGGCGCCUUUUCUUCUUUUCCUCAAUGUGUGGAAUUCCUCUGCUCCUUCCCUUUCCUGACGACUCUCACCGCCGGUAAAUGCCAAUGGGACUCCAACACCGCUGCGCCCCCUUCUGCCAGAUUCACGCUUUCGCGCAGGUUGACAACACUCGCGAUUGAUACUCCACCUAACACGCUGACUCAGUGGCUCACUAAUCAACCCUGCGCCCGCACGUUGCGCAAGGUUUCCAUUGAGUUCAUCGACACGGACCACGCUACGAGCGUCCGAAUCUUCCUGCGAAAGAUCAAGGCGCGUGAUGUACAGGCUUUUCGUGUGGGUUUCAUGGAGAUAUCUGGGCAUCGAAAUACGACGCACAGGGAAUUUGAUUUGGGUGAAUUUACCAAACUACAUGAAGUUACCGUCGUCGUCGGCAUCCUGGAAGAGUGUGCGUUCGGCGAUUGGUCACCACACGACCUCAACUGGGUUGCUCCCUUCCUUUCGAAAGUGUCCUCAGAAUCCCUAGUGGCGGUCAAACUCCGUUUCCUCGUGUCGGAAACACACUCUCUAGAUCUGAAACUCAACUGGAAGGAACUUGAUAGGAUUUUCAACCUUCCGUCUUUCUCAAAGCUUCGGAAACUAACCUUCAGUGUGGCCGUGCCCUAUGUAGCUGGCAUGAAAGACGAAGAAGGAUGGGUAUGCAACCACUUUGAGUAUUUGGUCAACACUCGCUUGCCAAGGUGUAGUAAGCGGGGAAUCGUGAGGACCGAGCAUGGGCUUGAGCAAAGUAUAUGGUCGUAG